GCAGCUCCGAGGAAGCACUGCGGGAGGACCGAGCGCGACCAGCGGACCCUCCACCGAGGCACAGCACACACUCACACACACCCCGAGACACGCGCACACCCCCCCCAGGGGAAGAACCGUGAAAGAUGCCGGUCACAGACAGGGACCUGGCCGACGACGCUCCGUGGAAGAAGAUCCAGCAGAACACCUUCACGCGCUGGACCAACGAGCACCUGAAGUGCGUCAACAAGCGGAUCGCGGACCUGCAAUGGGACAUGGGCGACGGCCUGCGGCUCAUCGCCCUCCUGGAGGUCCUGAGCCAGAAGAAGAUGUACAGAAAGUACCACGCCAGGCCCAACUUCAGGCAGAUGAAGCUGGAGAACGUGUCGGUGGCGCUGGAGUUCCUGGAGAAGGAGAACAUCAAGCUGGUGUCCAUCGACUCUAAAGCCAUCGUGGAUGGGAACCUGAAGCUGAUCCUGGGUCUGGUCUGGACCCUGAUCCUGCACUACUCCAUCUCCAUGCCGGCCUGGGAGGGCGAGGAUGAGGAGGCAGAGUCAAAGACACCGAAGCAGCGCCUGCUGGGCUGGAUCCAACACAAAGUCCCCGAUCUGCCCAUCACCAACUUCAGCCAGGACUGGAGGGACGGCAAAGCUCUGGGAGCCCUGGUGGACAGCUGUGCUCCGGGUCUCUGUCCGGACUGGGAGAACUGGGAAGCCAAACCGGUGGAUAACGCCACCGAAGCCAUGAAGCUGGCCGACGACUGGCUGGGCAUCCCGCAGGUGAUCGCUCCGGAGGAAAUCAUCAAUCCCAACGUGGACGAGCAGUCGGUGAUGACCUACCUGUCACAGUUCCCCAAAGCCAAGCUGAAGCCGGGGGCGCCGCUCAAACCCAAACUCAACCCCAAGAAGGCCCGCGCAUACGGACCGGGAAUCGAACCGACGGGGAACCGCGUGAUGCGUCCUGCCGUCUUCACGGUGGACACGUUCAGCGCCGGUCAGGGACAGGUCACGGUCUACCUGGAUCACCCGGACGGCACCCGGGAGGAGCUGAAGGUGGAGCCUAACGAGGGCAAGAAGACGUACAGCGUCACCUACAUCCCCCAGGUCAUGGGAGACCACAAGGUGACGGUGAUCUUCGCAGGCCAGCAGAUUCCCAAGAGUCCCUUCGAGGUGAACGUGGACAAAGCGCUCGGCGACGCCUCCAAGGUCACGGUGAAGGGGCCGGGAAUCGAACCGGUGGGGAACAUCGCCAACAAGCCAACCUACUUCGACAUUUACACUGCAGGCGCCGGCACCGGAGACGUGUCGGCCAUGAUCAAAGACCCCCAGGGCCGGCAGAACUUGGUGGAGGUCAUGAUGGAGGACAGAGGAGACAACACCUUCCGCUGCACCUACCGGCCCACCCAGGCCGGCCCCCACGUGGUCACGGUGACCUUCGGGGGCGUGGCCAUCCCCAGGAGCCCCUUCGGCGUGGACGUGGGACCCGCCUGCGUGCCCGGGGCGUGCAGGGCGACGGGUCGCGGUCUGCAGCCGGUCGGCCUCAGAGUCAAACAGGUGGGAGACAUCAAGGUGGACACCAGGACCGCCGGCAGCGGGGAGCUGAAGGUGGUCGUCAAAGGACCCAAGGGCGUGGAGGAGCUGGUCAAACAGAUUUCCAGUCAGGACGGCAUCUUCUGCUACGAGUAUCACCCCAACUCCACUGGCAAGCACAGUGUGUCCAUCAGCUGGGGGGGUCAGCACAUCCCCAAGAGCCCGUUCGAGGUGGUGGUCGGUCCGGAGGCGGGGCCUCAGCGGAUCCGGGCCUGGGGUCCUGGCCUGGAGGGAGGCAUUGUGGGUAAACCUGCUACCUUUGUGGUGGAGUCCAUCGGCACUGAUGUGGGAGUUCUCGGAUUUGCCAUCGAGGGUCCCUCUCAGGCUAAAAUCGAGUGCGAGGACAAGAACGACGGCUCCUGUGACGUGAGUUACUGGCCCACCGAGCCUGGCGAGUACGCCGUGCACGUGACCUGCGACGAGGAGGACAUCGAGCACAGCCCCUUCAUGGCCUACAUCGUGCCCGACAGCAACAGCAGCCACCCGGAGAAGGUUCGAGCCUACGGUCCGGGGCUGGAGAAGGCCGGCUGCCUGAUCAACCAGCCGACUGAGUUCACCGUCGAUGCCGAGAAUGGAGGGCAAGGACCGCUGAAGAUCACGGCUCAGGACGCAGAGGGACUUCCUGUGGACGUGAGGGUGAAGAGUAAAGGUGACGGGCUGUACUCCUGCUCCUACACGCCCGCCUCCUCCCUCAAACACACCGUGGCCGUGGCCUGGGCGGGGGUCAGCGUCCCCAACAGCCCCUUCAGGGUGAAUGUGGGUAAAGGCAGCCACCCCAACAAGGUGAAGGUGUACGGACCCGGGGUGGAAAGCGGACUGAAGGCCAACGAGCCCACACACUUCACCGUGGACUGCUCAGGAGCUGGAGAUGGUGAUGUGAGUGUGGGAAUCAAGUGUGAAGCCAACAUGAUCAGCGACAGAGAGGCAGACGUGGACUUCGACAUCAUUCCCAACGCCAACGACACAUUCACCGUCAAAUACAUUCCUCCUGCUGCGGGAAAACUCACCGUCAAAGUCCUGUUCACGGACAAGGAAGUCCCCCAGAGCCCUUUCACAGUAAAAGUGGAUCCGUCCCACGAUGCAUCGAAGGUUAAGGCCGAAGGUCCUGGACUGGCUCGAGCUGGUGUGGAGAGCGGGAAGCCGACUCACUUCACCGUCCUGACCAAAGGAGCCGGUAAAGCCCCGCUGGACGUCUCCUUCUCCUCUCAGGUCAAAGACUUCGACAUCAUCGACAACUACGACUACUCCCAGACGGUCAAAUACACACCCGUGCAGCAGGGGGAGAUGAGCAUCACAGUGAAGUUCGGAGGAGACCCCAUCGCCAAGAGUCCGUUCACGGUGGGCGUGGCCGCACCGCUCGACCUCGACAAGGUCGACGUGGACAACCUGGAAGGACGGGUGGAGGUCAAUCAGGAGCAGCAGUUCACGGUGAACACGAAGGGCGCGGGAGGUCAGGGUCAGCUGGAGGUGGCAGUGCUGAGUCCCAGCCAGCGGCCGCUGUCCUGUAAGAUGGAGCCUCAGCCCGGCAAGGCCGACGUCAGCCUGGUCCGUUACACCCCCACCGAGGAGGGGGUCUACUCCGUCAACGUGUCCUACGACGGGCACCCCGUCCCCGGGAGCCCCUUCCCCGUGGAGGCCCACCUGCCUCCCGACCCCAGCAAGGUGAGAGCGUUCGGCCCUGGUCUGCAGGGCGGCUUGGUGGGAAACCCAGCGGAAUUCACCAUCGACACGAAGGGGGCGGGCACCGGCGGUCUGGGCCUGACCGUGGAGGGUCCCACCGAGGCCAAGAUCGAGUGCUCCGACAACGGGGACGGCACCUGCUCCGUGUCCUACCUGCCCACCGAGCCCGGCGACUACCUGGUCAACAUCCUGUUCGAGGGCGUGCACAUCCCCGGCUCGCCCUUCAGAGCCGACGUCCAGAUGCCCUUUGACCCCUCCAAGGUGGUGACUUCAGGGAGUGGACUGAAGAAAGCCAAGGUCGGGGAGGGCAGCGUUCUGAACGUGGACUGUUCUCGAGCCGGACCGGGCGAGCUGAGCCUGGAAGCCGCUUUGGACUCUCCUCCGUCCAGCCCCACGGGCUCGACGCCGCGCUCAGUCGCCAAAGCCAAGACGGAGGUCGUGGACAACCGAGACGGGACCUACACGGUGACCUACAUCCCGCUGAGCGCCGGCAUGUACACGCUGCUGCUCAAAUACGGAGGGAAGACGGUCCCUGGAUUCCCAGCCAAGGUGACGGCCGACCCGGCCGUGGACACCUCCAAGGUCAAAGUGUACGGUCCUGGAAUUGAGGGACCAGGUGUCUUCAGAGAGGCCGCCACAGAGUUCACUGUGGACGCCAGUCCGCUGACCCGACGAGGAGGGAACCACGUGAAGGCGGAGGUCAGGAACCCGUCUGGAGCGCUGACGGACUGCGAGGUCACCGACAGAGCAGACGGGACGUACAACGUGGAGUACACGCCUUUUGAGAACGGUCCUCACACCAUCAGCGUCCUGUACGACGACACCCCGGUCCCCAAGAGCCCCUUCAAGGUGUCGGUGACGGAGGGAUGCGACCCCAGCAGGGUGAAGGUGAACGGCCCCGGGCUCGAGCAGGGCCUCACCAACGUCACCAACAAGUUCGACAUCGUCACCAGGGGGGCCGGAAUUGGCGGGCUCGGCAUCGCCGUGGAGGGUCCUUCCGAGUCCAAGAUGUCCUGCAAGGACAACAAAGAUGGCAGCUGCAGCGUGGAGUACAUCCCCUACAAGCCGGGACUGUACGACAUUAACGUGACCUUCGGAGGAGACCACAUCCCAGGGAGUCCGUUCAAGGUCCCGGUGAAGGACGUUGUCGACAUCACCAAAGUGCAAGUGUCCGGCCCCGGGGUGGGGUCAAAGGUCAGGGCCAACAUCCCUCAGUCCUUCAAGGUGGACUGCAGGGGCGCCGGCGAGGCCCCGCUGGCCGUGAGCGUCACGGGUCCCCGAGGGCUCAAAAUCCCAGCAGAGGUGACGGACAACGGCGACGGGACGUACCAGGUGUCCUAUACGCCCACCGUGGAGGGAAUGUACUCAGUGGAGGUCCAGUACGCCGACGAAGUCGUCCCCAACAGCCCCUUCACCUUCCGAGUCCUUCCCACCUUCGACGCCAGUAAAGUGCGAGCCAGCGGUCCCGGGCUGACCAGCAGCGUGCUCGCCAGCCUCCCCGUGGAGUUCAGCAUCGACGCCAAGGACGCCGGCCAGGGCCAGCUGAGCGUGCUCAUCACAGACCAGGACGGGAAAGUUAAAGAGCCGACCAUCCAUGACGGCGGCGACGGCACGUACCAGGUGUCCUACGUCCCCGACCGCACCGGACGCUACACCAUCGUCAUCAAGUACGGCGGCGACGACAUCCCAGCGUCCCCGUACAGGGUCCGUGCCACGGCAACCGGAGACGCCAGCAAGUGCACGGUCACAGGUCCCGGCGUUGGACCCACGGUGGCCAUCGGCGAGGAGCUGGGCCUGGUGGUCGACGCCAAGGGCGCCGGGAAGGGGAAGGUGAGCUGCGUGGUGGUGCAGCCCGACGGCAGCGAGGUGGAGGCCCAGGUGGUGGAGAACGAGGACGGCACCUUCGACAUCUUCUACACCGCCCAGGCUCCCGGAAACUACGUCAUCUACGUCCGCUUCGGAGGGGAGAACAUCCCGCGCAGCCCCUUCAAAGUCAUGGUGACCUCAGACAAGUCUGCGGGCGGCAGUGUGAACGGCAGCGGCUUCAGGCCUUUCGACAUGGUCAUCCCGUUCUCCUUCAGGAAGGGAGAGAUCACAGGCGAGGUGCUGAUGCCUUCAGGGAAAUCCGCUCAGCCGCUCAUCACCGACAACCAGGACGGGACGGUGACCGUCCUGUACUCCCCGACGGAGGCCGGCCUGCACGAGAUGCACAUCAAAUACAACGGCACCCACGUUCCGGAGUCUCCUCUCCAGUUCUAUGUGAACCACGCCAGCAGCCCCAACGUCACGGCCUACGGUCCCGGUCUGAGCUACGGCGUCGCCAACAAGAGGGCCACGUUCACCGUGUUCACAGACGACGCCUCUGAAGGCGGUUUGGAUCUGGCCAUCGAGGGUCCGUCCAAAGCCGACAUCAGCUGCGUGGACAACAAAGACGGCACCUGCAGCGUGAGCUACCUGCCGCUGCUGCCGGGAGACUACAACAUCCUGGUCAAAUACAACGAGGACCACAUCGCAGGCAGCCCGUUCACAGCCAGGAUCAUCGAGGAUCCAAAUGAAAACCAGCGCCGCUCUCAGGUCAAGCUGGGCUCUGCAGCGGACUUCACUCUGGACAUCAACGAGACGGACCUCAGCCUGCUGACGGCCAGCGUUAGAGCGCCGUCCGGCCGGGACGAGCCCUGCCUGCUGAAGAGGCUGCCCAACGGCCACAUCGGAAUCUCCUUCAUCCCGCGGGAGGUGGGCGAGCACCAGGUCAGCAUCCUGAAGAACGGCCGGCACGUGACCAACAGCCCGUUCACCAUCAUGGUGGUCCAGUCCGAGAUCGGAGACCCCGCCCGGGUCAGGGUCUCCGGCGAAGGCCUCGUCAAGGGAACCACCUUCAACAACUCCAGCUUCGUGGUGGACACCCGGGAGGCCGGUUAUGGCGGUCUGGCUCUUUCCAUCGAGGGUCCCAGUAAGGUGGACAUUAAGACGGAGGACAUGGAGGAAGGGACCUGCUCGGUCACCUACUGCCCCACCGAGCCUGGAAACUACAUCGUCUCCAUUCGCUUCUCAGACGAACACGUUCCAGGAAGUCCGUUCACGGUGCCCGUCACCGGAGAGGGACGCAUCAGGGAGAGCAUCAGCCGGCGACAGAAGGCCGCCUCCGUCACCAACGUGGGGAGUGUGUGUGACCUCAGCCUCAAGAUACCAGCGAUCGACAUGAAGGACGUGACGGCCGACGUGGUCUCGCCGUCCGGCUCCUCCCAGCCCGCCGAGCUGGUGAACGUGGGAAACGACACCUACUGCGUGCGCUUCGUCCCCACCGAGAUGGGCGUGCACAGCGUCAACGUCAGGUACAGGGGCGUGCACGUGCCGGGCAGCCCCUUCCAGUUCACCGUGGGGCCGAUGGGAGAGGGCGGGGCCGCCAUGGUGAAGGCCGGCGGGCCCGGACUGGAGGGCGCGCAGGCCGGAGAGCCAGCUGAGUUCAGUAUCUGGACGAGGGAGGCCGGCGCCGGCGGUCUGUCUGUGGCCGUGGAGGGACCGAGCCGGGCCGACAUCUCCUUCGACGACCGCAAGGACGGGUCCUGUGGAGUGUCGUACAUCGCUCAGGAGCCUGGGGACUACGAGGUCUCGGUGAAGUUCAACGAGCAGCACAUCCCCGACAGCCCCUUCCUGGUCCCCGUGGUCGCUCCGGUCAACGACGCCCGCCGCCUCACUGUUGCCGGUCUUCAGGAGUCCGGCCUGAAGGCGAAUCACCCAGCAUCCUUUGCAGUGCGCCUCAACGGAGCGAAAGGAAAGAUGGAGGCCAAAGUUCACAGUCCGUCCGGGGCUCUGGAGGAGUGCGCCGUCACUGAGCUGGAAAGAGAUAAGUACGCCAUCCGGUUCAUCCCCAGAGAGAACGGUCUCCACACCAUCGACGUCAAAUUCAACGGCUCCCACAUCCCAGGAAGUCCCUUCCAGGUCCGGGUCGGAGAACCGGGACAGGGCGGAGACCCCGGGCUGGUCACUGCGUACGGCGCCGGGCUGGAGAGGGGAACCACAGGCACUCAGUCGGAGUUCGUCAUCAACAACACCAGCGCGGGCCCCGGGGCCUUGGCUGUGACCAUCGAGGGUCCAUCCAAGGUCAAGAUGGACUGUCAGGAGGUGGCGGAGGGCUACAAGGUGCACUACACCCCCAUGGCGCCUGGAAACUACCUGAUCAGCAUCAAAUACGGAGGACCCAACCACAUCAGCGGCAGCCCCUUCAAGGCCAAAGUCACAGGUUCUCGCCUGGUGAGCGUGACCAACGCCAGCGAGACCUCCACCCUGACUGUGGACCCGGUACUCCGCUCGUCCAGCAGCUUCCUGCAGAGCGUCAUGCCCAGGUUGGGCGACUCCGACGCCAGCAAGGUGCAGAUCCGAGGUCCCGGCCUCAGCAAGGCCUCCGUGGGCCGUCGGAGCAGCUUCUCGGUGGACUGCAGCAAAGCCGGUAAGAACAUGCUCCAGGUGGGCGUGUACGGCCCCGAGGUGCCCUGCGAGGAGGUGCUGGUCAAACACAUGGGCGGCCUGCAGUACAACGUCAGCUACCUCCUGAACGAGCGGGGCAGCUACAUCCUGGUGGUGAAGUGGGGCGACGACCACGUGCCCGGCUCGCCCUUCCACGUGUCCGUCCCCUGAAGCCGCCGCUUCGUCUCGGUUCAACCAUUUUGCGUCCCCGAUUGUGACUUGAAGCAGGGAAAUCUGCGAGCAAAUGGAGAUGUUUGGGGUUCUGGGCGCUUGACUCCAUCAUGAAAUGGAAACUCGUUGCUCUGGUCUGGAGUGAAUCAGGGAUGCAAAAUGGUGAAGCAGUCUUGGUAAUCCGGCCUAAAUGUGGAGCUGUAACCAGAUUGAAUGGGAUUAGUAACAAAUGUUGCACUUGAUUUCUUUUAUACUUGAUUGGUAAAUUAAAGAUUGCUGGUUUUAAUUGAGUAGGUUAAAAUGUGUGCUAACAUCAACUGGACGUCUCCGCCUGUUCCUGACGAUAUUAAACUGGAUUGAUGGACUAACUGUAGACCCUUUAACCUCCGAAUGUUUAGAUUUAGUGGAAGUUAAACUGGAAGUACGCAGCACUUUCCUUCAGUCGUACAGUGCCUGGGGG